AUUGUUUGCCGAAUUUGAAAUAUAUCACAAUGCAUAAAUGUAAUUUUUCAAAUCAAGGAUAAACUUGGAACAACAGAAUAUCUAGGGGAUAAAAUCCAAGGAAUUGCUUAUUACUGUAAACUAUGUUAGGAUUAUACAACGCGGAUUACACAAAAUCCGGAUUAGAGAGGUUGUCCGGUAUGGUGCUGCUUUUGAAUGCUGCAUUUUUGGGUGAGGGGUGUACAGUGUAUAAUUUUAUUCACGGGGAGAGAUAUAUUGGUCCAGUGGUUUCUAUGGUUAACAUGGUGGGACCACAACAGUGUGUUAAGGAAUGUCUAGCCAGACCCGCUGACUGUGGGGGCGUGAACUACGGGAAAACGCAUUUUCUCUGUGAAAUUGUGACGGACAUAAAUGAAACGGAACCAGCUACGGAGUACUUUAGAAUUCGCCUUGAGUUGGUUGGUGACCAAACAGAAUGUCAAUCGUGUUUAUCUGGAGAGAAAUGUGUCAGAUUAUCCAGCAAUCAGACGCACUGUAUCCAAGAAGGUCAUGAUCCGAUUGACUGUACCGCAAUACAUGGGUUCUCAUCAUCCCUGCCUAGUGGCCUGUACAGAAUAAAAAUCCCGAUCCUAGGUCACGUGACUGUUGUAUGCGAAAUGGAGAUCGAUGGUGGAGGCUGGACGAUUUUUCAACGCCGCAUGGACGGCUCUGAAGAUUUCUAUCGGACAUGGGCGGAGUACAAGAACGGAUUUGGAAAUCUGACGUCAGAGUUUUGGCUAGGUAAUGACAAACUACAUUAUCUACUGAGUCAGGGAUCCUAUGAAUUCAGGAUGGAUAUGAGUGACUUCAACAAUCAGACACGUUAUGUUAAAUAUAGCAGCAUUUCUGUUGGCAACGAGGCUUCCAAAUACGUCAUAUCUAUAUCUGGUUACUCCGGGAACGUCGGUGAUUGUUUCACAUCAGGACACCCCAUAAACAAUAUGAAGUUUACCACAAAGGAUCAAGACAAUGAUUUGAACUCUGGAAACUGCGCAGUUCAAUAUCAAACUGGAUGGUGGCUUAAAAGCUGUCAUUGUUCUAACCCGAAUGGCCUCUACCUGGCGGGAGAAACGUCAAUAUAUGCUAAGGGCAUCACAUACAGUCCUUGGCUUACACAUUAUUACUCGCUGAAAACUAUUCAACUGAUGGUUAGAAGGGUGGUAUAAGAGAAAUUUGUAAAGAGGGAGAAAAUCAGCGUUAAGUGGAUAUUAUGAAAAACGUUCAGCCGAUCUUAUAAUCAUUUGUCUUUGGUCAUGGAUUGAACAUUGUAAAUUCAUCACAGGAUGACAUUCAUCGAUCCCGCAGUGACAAUUCAAUGUCUGAAAUGAUUAACAUAGUUUCAUUCUGUACUUGGAAUCAAAUUAUUCUAUCACUUUCCUUAAAGAGCAAUGAUAAACAAGCGUGCCUUCGUCAGAUGGUACCUCGCUGUUCAUUAUGAAUAUCCCAUCUCAUACACAAUCUACCUACAUGAUUUUGUUCUUCCUCUUCUUUUAAAUAUUGUCCUGUUGGAUAUGUAAUUUCUGGUGAUGUUGAUUUAAUUGAACAAGAUGACUUGAAAUUAUUAUAAAAGGUCCUAAAUUCACAGAACCUCGGUUUUUCAAUUGGCGACAGAACUUCAUCUAUAUUAUGAAUUAUGUCGAAAAUUCAUCCCGCAUAUGGUGUUUAUAUCUCGCAACUAAUUUGAUAGCAAGAGCUUGUUCACCGCAUGAUCAGUUUUUAAAUCGAGGCAGGCUACUGACAAACAAGUUGAUGUUACAGGGUUUCAACAGCCUCGUUUAAGGACGGCAUUUCGCAACUUCUAUGGUCGAUAUAACAAUCUAGUUUCCCAACUCAACCUAUCAUUGGAUUAAAUGCUGUCUGACUUGUUUCAUACAGAUUGUUAGACCGUUUUCGGCACACUUAUUUUGGCUACCGAUAACUUCUGUAAAAAUCCCCUGUCGACCGCGGUCACACCCGCAGUGAUCCCUACAUAUUGAUCAGGUAAACGGAGUUACCCGUCGUCAAAAAAGGGGAAAGGGUAGGAAAUGUAAACUUUUCUCAAUGACAUACUAUGUGUUUGGCAGCAAUGAUGAAUAUACCUAUCUAGUCAAUCUGUAUGCGUCCAGUAUUGAGAGGAACUGCUACAUGUUUUGUAACUUCUUAGAUAAAUAGUAAUCAAUACAUUGUUAUACAUGGAACGUUUGUGCAGUUUUAACUGUUUUGCAUUGAUGGGGUUCAAUGUGUUGUAACAGUAUACAUUAUAUGGAAUCAUGUGAUUUGAGUGAAAGCGAAGGGUGUAUUGUUAUAUGUAAUCUAAUUAGUGUGUGAAAGUUUUCUCUAUUAAAAAGUAAUAUUGCUCCGUUCACAUGAUCAAGAUAUAGGGAUCAAAGCGGCUGUGAUCGGUCGACAGGGGAUGAUUACUCCUCCUAGGCACCUGAUCCCACCUCUGGUAUAACCAGGGGUACGUGUUUGCCCAACUUUCUAUUUUCUAUUGCUUAUUGGAGAUUGAUCACUGUUCGUUAUCGUC